AUGGUUAUGACAAGACAACCUGUUUUGCCAAAAGACUGUGAAGAUGUUUCUGAUGGAAAUGGUACAUACAAAAUAAAUCCAAGUUACUGUUCCGGACCAUUCAAUGAUUUCAGUGUAUAUUGUGAAGUUGGAUCAGACGGUCAAUACUGGACUGUUUUCCAAAGGCGUGUGGAUGGACUCACAGAUUUUUACCGGACAUGGUUCGAGUACGAGAACGGAUUUGGUGACUUAACAAAUGAGUUUUGGUUAGGUAAUGAGAAAAUUCACAUGCUGACUUCAAAUAAUAAUUAUACCUUACGAAUCGAAUUGGAAAAUUUUUCAAAUGAAAACAGAUAUGCGGAAUAUCAAUCGUUCAAGAUAUCGGAUGCUCAGUCUGAAUACCAAUUGUCAAUAAAUGGUUACAGUGGUAACGCAGGUGAUAGUUUUGACCACCACAACGGCAUGUUAUUUAGUACCAAAGACCGAGACAACAGUCCUUCCUCCAGGGCGUGUGCAUUCCAGGCUAUGUUCUAUGGGGCUGAAAAGAAUAAAACAUAG